AGUUGAGUUAAGACGAAUUAGAUUUACCAUGUUGAUUCUAGGACUUUUUUUCUUUCUUUUUUUUUUUUUUUUUUCCUUGCUUACCUACCCCUUCUGCCCUUGCAUCCCUUCUGCUUCAUGCCAUUGGCGAAUCAGACACGAGUUACACGAGAUUUCUCGGAGUCGUUUUGAUAACGGAGUUUUAUACUACCUACCUCUAGGCACUGAGGUGACCUAUCAGAAAACUCCGCGGACGAGAAGGGUGGGUGGGGUAGGUGCUAGGUAUGUAAGACUUCUAAUGCAAGUAAUACUCGUGUUACUCGAGACUGUCACUUUUUUUAUGCGGGUAAAUGCGUUAGUUAUCAGAUUGUAGUCGAUGUUGGCUUAGGUUAUCAAUUGAGCGGCGCGUAUGUAAUACGGACGGACGGACGAGAGGAACUACCUAAGGUACCUGAUAUUGUCGAGUUUAAAUAGUUUCUGUUCCCAACAAUAUCAGGCCCUGUAUGUGGUUUUCUUAUGUUGGGGUUGAGAUUAUCAACUUCAUACCAUAUUGUUCUUUUAUAUAUAUAAAAUCAAGGACGAGGCCGAGACUAGGUGAUUUUGUUAAUCAUUACACAAGAGUUGGUGAGUCUUCAGGCAUAGUUAAUAGCAGGAUACGAAUAUUAUAUGCGUCAAAGGUCAAAAAUGAUACACUGCGAGAUCUUCUCCGACGAGGCUAUUAUAAUAAGUUUACUAAUUGGUUGAAUACUUGUUACAUGUUGCUUUAUGAUACCACACUGGAUGAGAUAUCUUUUCUAAUGGAAAGCUUAAACGAGAUGAGACUCUAAAGUAGACAAUCUUUCUACCUGACACCUAAUUGAGCAGUUAGACACUCGAGUAUUAUAUGACACUGCUACGGCUACGACUUGAGGUGACAAGCUAUUUCUUUGUAUAC